AUGACCAUGGUGUCCAAGGUCGCUUCCGUCCUGGCCUGCCUCUCGGUCGCGCGGGCCCUCGCGGGCAACCAGGCUCAGGAUGCGGGGCGGUCCGUGGCCAGCGCCGGGAGGGCCGCCUGCGACUGCCUGGAGUUCGCGGCGGUCUAUUACGACAACCUCGCCUCCUGCGGCCGCGCCAGGGAGCUGUACUUCCUCACCAAGUACGGCGCCUCCGAGGCUUAUGCCCCCACGGAGCCCAUCGCGGGCCUGCCGCACCAGGUCUGCAACAACUUCUUCAAGAACCUGAAGAACAACUCCUGCGUCAACGUCGACAUGUUCUCCUUCCCGAGCGAGACGAGCGAUGCCAGCGCGGGCCAGUCGUGGUGCUACGUGUCCAACGAGUGCCUCAGCCUGAACGGUGGCACCUUCGCAACCAACACGCUCGGCUUCGCGAUGGGCGGGUGGAACAAUCUCCAGAGCACGAGCAACUUGUCUUGGAAGGUCUGCGACAGCAGCUCGGACUCCAUCUUGAAGGACAAGACGAUGGACGAGCUGAUUGCGAUCGGCAGCGAGAGUGACGUCAGCAUGGCUACGCUGCUGCGGUACGCAUACCCGGCCGUGUCCAUCACCUGGGGCGAGGCGAGGGAGUUCUUGGAGACCCUCAACGAUGCUGACCACUGGAACGAUGGGCUCUCGCUCGCCGAUAACGUCAAUGCCAUUGCGUCGCCGCCCGCCACAUGGGGCACCAGGCUCCCCUUUGUGCACACGACGCUCAGCGGCAUAGUCACGUCCGAGCAGGGCACGAUCCUCGACUCGCCAGGGCACAGGGACGAAUUCCACGUAGUCGUUGGCCGCGAGGUGUGGGAAGUGAAGAGGAUCGACGAGGGCAACAUGGCCUACCUUGCCGGCAAGUUCUACCGUGAGUUCGACGUGAUCUGUCGCUUCGGCUGCUCCUCGACGGCGAGGGAGGCCCCCCUCGACUUGCUCACGCAGUGA